AUAAGGAGGGCGGGCGCUAUAGGUAUAGGGAGGGCGGGUACUGUAGGUAUAUGGGGAACGGGUACUGUAGGUAUAUGGGGAACGGGUACUGUAGGUAUAUGGGGAACGGGUACUGUAGGUAUAUGGGGGACGGGUACUGUAGGUAUAUGGAGAACGGGUACUGUAGGGAAUGCGGUCACUCGGCUUGCAAGACGGUACGGUAGCAGUCGAGAAGUUUUCCAUAUUGACGGUCGAUUUCUGUAA